AUGGCAAAAUCUACCCAAGCACCUACCGAGACUAGACCACUAGAUCGUUCAUUGAAAAAAUUAGUCGAAUUACUUGAUCACAAUCAACCCUAUGAAGAAUUCGAACGUCUUGGUUGUCCCGAUCUGGAGAUUUAUGACAAUGAUAAACUUCUAAGAAUACAAGGCUCUCUCGUUGGUCUUGCCAUAGGCGAUGCUCUUGGAGCAUCAGUCGAAUUUCGUCCUUAUUCAUAUUUGCAACAAUAUAAAGUGAAAGAUAUGCAAGAUGGCGGUACAUGGGGCUUAAAAGCAGGCCAAUGGACAGACGAUACAUCCAUGGCACUUUGCCUCGCAGCUAGUCUUAUAGUUAAAGAAGAAUUCGACCCCUAUGAUCAAUUUAUAAGAUAUAAACGAUGGUAUAAACAUGGAUAUUUGUCUUCUACUGGUCUAUGUUUUGACAUUGGAAAGUCUACACGUCAAGCAAUUGUCGAAUUCGAAAACCGCCAGAAAAACGUCCUUCAUCGUUUAAUCGAGAAAAACCCAGCUUGCAAAGACACUCCUCUUGAUAAAAUAUCAAAACACGAUUUCCUACAUUAUUAUCAAUUAGAGUGUGGACCAUCAGAUUCUGCUGGUAAUGGAUCACUUAUGCGUUUGGCACCAAUACCUUUAUUUUAUUCUUCCGCAUCGUAUGAGAUGGUGAAGAACUACGUCGAAGAAGCUACAAAACUUACACAUAAUGAUCAAAGAGCGAUUGAAGCUUGUCAGUUUUAUGCUGGUCUUAUUUGGUACGCCUUGAACGGUACACCCAAAGAAGAACUUUUAGAUCGAGAUUUUCAUCGAAACGUUUUGAAAUUAAAUUUACAUGGAGAUGUACUGAGAGUUGCUGACGGUUCAUAUAAAAUCAAGAAAGGAUACGAAGAUGGUAUUCGUGGAAAAGGUUAUGUAGUGAAUUCACUCGAAGCUGCUUUAUGGGCAUUUUAUAAUGACAGUGGCUCUUUCAAUGAAGGCGUUCUUCUUGCUGUAAAUUUAGGUGAUGACACAGAUACAACAGCAGCUAUCUAUGGAGAGCUUGCCGGUACUGUGUAUGGUAUUCAUGCCAUUUCUCCAAAGUGGGUCAAGAAACUGUUUCAAGAAAAAUUUAUCAAGACUGUAGCAAAAGUUUUAUACUUCAGAGGACAACAAUUUAAAAAUGGACAACAGAUAGCAGAUGAACCAAGUGAAGAUAAUACAAAUCGUCGUCGAAGAAAUGCGAAUAAUCAAGGGCCUUCAGAUCCGAAAUCGGGCGACACUAAUAGAUCACGUCCUACCGAAAAAGGAAACGCGAACAGUACGUUGAAUCAAGAUCAAUCUACAACAUCGUACACUACAUCCAGUCAUGCUCAAGCUGUAAACACGUAUAAUUCAUCCCACCAAGGCGAACCAAGAGAUGCGAAUAACACACGGGAUGACAACAGACCAAGAAACCUAAUAAAUGAACAUUAA